AUGACGCGCGAGGACGCGAAGCGGAAGCCGCUCGCGGAGGUGUCCGAGGACGAGUUCCUCGAGGAUUUGAUCGCCUUCCUUCAAGCGAACGGCGGGGAGAAGCUCGCGCCGCCGGGAUGCGGUACGUCGCCCGCGCGCAUUCUUCUCGACGACGAGAUCUCGCUCGAAUGUUUUUUACCGGCGCCAGCGCGCGAUCGCGCGCGACGCGCGCGCGUCGUCCGCGCGAGAGGUCACGUCGCCACAGCAGCGCCCACCACUUAUAAGUUUCUCUCGAACGAAAACGAGGCGAGACCUCUCACGAUCGAUCCGAUCCUCCUCUCUCGUCGACCGAUCGCAGACGCGAACACGUUCCCGACGCGGACGCUGAACGGCGCGAAGCUCGACCUGUUCGGGCUGUACCGCGCGGUCGUCUCGCGAGGCGGAUUCCCAUCGUCGAAGGGCGGCGUUAACGGCGGCGGCGGCGGCGACAAGAGGGAAAAACUCAACUGGACGCGCGACGUGUUCCCGUGCCUAUCAAACUACACUGAGAACCACCGCGCGACGUCCGUGGGGCACGACCUCAUAACUCACUACCAGAACUACCUGUGCGAGUACGAGCUCGCGAACCCCGAGGACGUCGUAACGAGCGCGGCGGACCCGACGAGCCUCUCGUUUCGAACGGACCCGCGGCCGCCCGCCGUCUCCGUCUCCGCGGAGGGCGGCGGUCGCGGCCGCGGACGGCCGCGCGGCAGCGGGCGAGGCCGCGGCCGCGGGCGAGGCCGCGGCGGGCGAGGCCGCAGCGCGGGCGCGUCCGCGGGGGCGUCGCGGGCGGCCGGGCGCGCCGGGAAGAUCAGGGUUCCGACGUACGCGCCGAGCGAUUUCGCCGUCGGGUGCACGGGUCCCUCGCUUUCAAUCCCCGUCCUCGGCGCCUUUCAACUUCAACUGACGCCUUUCAACUCCACCCCGACGUUCGCUCGUAUAGACCGCGCGUGGUACACCGGCGUGAUCGAGGACCAGCAGAGCAGCGCGCCGGAGGGUGCCGAGGAGGGUGCCGAGGAGGGUGCCGCCGCCGCCGCCGCGGUCGUCCUCUCGAAGGUGGUCUACGACGACGGCGACGUGGAGAUCUUAGACCUCGUCGGCGGCGCGGAGAAGGUUGUCCUCGUCGCGCGCGCGGACGGCGCGCCGACGGGCGACGGCGAUCGCGACUACCUCAGCGACUCGGACGACGACGACGACGGCGCCGCCGCCGCCGGGGGCGCGCCGCUGAGCCGCCGCGCGUCCGCGCGCGCCGGUAACGACGCCGGACUGCCGCUGAGCCGCCGCGCGGAGGCGAAGGAGGCCGCGGCGAGGGAGGCGCGACGCGCGCGCCUCGGCGGCGGCGGCGACGCGGACGACGACGACGACGACGGCGACGGCGGCGGCGGCGGUCCGCGGCGCGCCCCCGGCGCCCCCGGCCCGUCCCUCGCCGCCGUCCGCGCGCGAGACGACGCGGAUGCGAUCCGCGCGGGAUUGCGCCGGAACCCCGCGAGGGCGGCGGCGGUCGCGGCGUUCGGCGGCGACGACGACGACCUUCCGCCGCCGUCGGACGAACGCGUGGGCGCGGUGCUCGAGGCGAUGAAAUCCAAUGACGUCGCGCGCGUGCUCUCGGAGCUGCCCUUCGCGCACGAGGAGAGCAGCGAGGUGUAUAAGCUCGGGUACGCCAUGGGCGCGCGGCGAGCGAUCGCGGUGUGCGCCGCCGUCGUCGCCGCGGCCGCGGCGAGAGCGGGCGCGGGCGCGGGAGAGGCGGCGGCGGACGCGGCGACCGCGAAGAAGAGGAAACUUUCGGGCGGACGCGCGGGGGGUGGCGACGAGAGCGGCGGCGCGGGCGCGGGCGCGGGCGCGUCGCCGCCGCCGUCAGGCGGCGGGCGCGUGCGGAAGAAGAGCGCGAGAGCCGCGGCGUGGGAGGAGGACAAGGAGAAAGCGGCCGCGAAGGCGAAGGCGGCCGCGGGGGAGGAGAAGAAGACGGACGGGUCGCCGGGGGGAGACGAAGAGGCGGAAGUCAAAGACGAAGCGGCGAAGAAGAGAGCUGAUGACGUCGCGGAGGCGGACGUCAAGCUCGGCGCCGCGCUCGCGUCGCGCGCGAAGCGACCGCACGGCGCGUGGGAGGACGCGCUGUCCGCGGCGGCGCGCGACCCCGCGCUGACGGCGGUGCUCGCGCGCGUCGAACGCGUGCUCGAAAAAGAAACGUUCGACCCCGACGUCGGCGACUCGGACGACGACGACGCCGACGCCGACGGGUGGACGCGCGGAAUAGACGCCGGCGCGGUCGCGGACAAGACGCGGGAGGGGAUCAACGCGAACGUCGUCCGCGGCGUCCUCGGCGUGACGGCGGCGUUCGAGACGGCGCGAGGGUGGCGCGGGAGCGCGGCGGCGAUCGCGGCGAGCAAGGCGAUAUUCGCGCCGCCGGCGCCGGCGCCGGCGCCGGGCGCGGCGGUCGGCGCGCCGCCGAGCGCGUCGCGGCCGUCCCCGAACACUCCGAAGAACACUCCGAACGACCCGCCACCAAACCCGAAGCCGCCCUCGCGCGCGUCCGCGCUGGACCCCGCGGCGCUUGCGGCCAAGGCGGCAAACGCGCCCCCCGCGGCGAAAGCCGCCGCCGCCGCGAGCAUGGGCGCGAAGAUCGAGCCGCCGCCGACGGGCGUCGUCUCCGCCGCGGGCGGCGAGCACGUCGCCGCGGCGUACGAGGAGGCCGCCGCGAAGCGCCUCGCCGCGGAGGCGGAGCUCGCGCGCAUCGCGGACCCGGUCAAGCUCGCGUUCGUGCAAGACGACGCGACCAAGCCGAAGCCGACGACGACGGCGGGGCGGCUGAUCAAAGCCGCGAACAACGCCAAGGCGCGCGCGGAGCGCGUCGCCGCGGGCGGCGGGACGUUCAGGUCGCGCGGCGCGUCGGGCGGUCAGUACGGCGGCGGCGGCGGCGGCGCGGGGCGCGGGCCGGGACGCCUGCCGAGCGCCGCCGCCGCCGCCGUCGCGAAGCGCGUCAAGCCGACGGACCCCGCGAAGGCGGCGUUCAUGGAGCAGACCGGUCCGAGCGGCCUCGGCGCGAAGGCGUUCGAGUUCCGCCCGCCGCUGGCGCCGACCGCGACCGCGGCGGCGGCGGAGGCGUUCGAGCGUGCCGCCGCCGCCGCCGGCGGCGGCGACGACGCCGACGCGAUGGACUGCGCGCUGUCGCUCGACGGCGACGACGGCGUGACGCGAUGGCUGACGAGGCGCGGAUGGGGCGAAUACGCCGCCGGCUUCGCGUCGUACGGCGUCACGAUGGAGACGCUGCCGGGGCUGUCGAUGCAGGACAUGGAGAACAUGCCGGCGUUCAUGUCGCCGGAGAUGCGCGCGAAGGUGCACGCGGCGGCGGUGGCGGUGGGGACGAAGCGGGGCGGCGCGGGCGCGGGGACCGCGGGCGCGAAAAGUCCGCCGAAGCGAAAGGCGACGGCGACGGCGACGGCGACGGCGGCGAAAUCGGCGGCGGAGAAGGAUGGCGCGAAGGUCGCGUCGCCUUCGCGCUCGAGGAAGUCCCCGAGCGCUUCCCCGGCGAAGCGGCAGAGGGGCUCGGAGUCGAGGAGCAUACACUCCGGGCUAUCCGGUUGA